AUGAGCUCUGCAAUCACUAAAAGCGCCUGGGUGAACCUCUACAAACAACUCCAGAAAGAGGCUGAUAAGAUCCCACAAUACAACUACCGCGCCUUCUAUCAACGCCGUAUCCGUGAUCAUUUCGUUGCGAAUCGCUCAGUGAGCGACGUCGUUCAGCAGAAAAAACUCUACGAGGAGGGAGUUCAGAGCUUGGAAUCGUUGAAGAGACAAGUCGUCUUCACUCGUCUCUAUCCGCAUAACAAGACCGUUGUCGAGCAGAAACUCGGUACGGAAAUUAGUGGAAAUUGA